AUGGCGGCACCCGCGUCGUCCUCUUCGGGAGGCAUGACAAACCUUUCGCGGUUGCUCGCUACGUCUCGACUGACGGCGUAUCAGCCUGGGCAGGGACAGGUGUUUACGGCGCCGGCGGCACACCAGGCUCGUGGCGACUUUGGUCUCAAGAGGCCCCUACCCACGACUGGUGCUCCUCCGGGCACGAUCCGAUACGUCGAUGUCAGUGACAUGGACACUCGCGAGGGCCAGACGUCAUGGCGCGAGAGGGAGAGAGAUGUUCUCAUGCUCCGGCGAUGGUCGGAGACGCACAUUAAAUUGGUAGACCAGGAGGGGCAAGCCGUCGUGGAAGAAGUGGGCAAGCUUGGACCGCGGCUCAACACUGUCUACGAUCCCUCAACGCGAAGGGCGUUGCCCACAUUCUAUGAUGAGGUAGAGCCAAAGGAAGUUCGAGAGCACUUGCAGCGAGAGGCACGCCAAGGUAGAGGGCCAAUUCACCAGCAGGACGCCUCCGGCAGCACUACGGACAACGACGCCUUCUCGAGUGUCGCGAGGCUCUAUUCGAACUCCAUGUCGUUUGCACCAAAGUACACUUCGAUGUCCCCGGCGAGGUUCGAAAAGUUCCUCGAGCAGGUUCGGGCGUCUCGGGGCUACUUCAAGAGGCAGCUUGCUCUCUCAGCGGCGCAGAGGGCUCGCCAUCAGGCCGUGAAGAAGCUCAACGAGCGCAGGUUGAUGAUGCAGAAGCAGGCCAUGCGCGCAAGGGAGGAAGGUGCGACGCGGAUAGAGGUGCCGGAGGAAGUCACGGCUCGAGACUUGCCGCUUCCCAAUGUCGACGAGGUGCGCGCCGACAUGUGGGAUCAGAGCCGGAUCGGCAUUUCGACGACCCUUCCGUGGAGUGUCUGGCUCACCUGGAGGGAGAACGAGAGGGCAUCUCGACCAGAGAGCCAACUGCUUCCGUCGGGCAGCAAAGAGCAGAUGUCCGGCUCGAGCACCAACGAAAGCCUGCAGCCGGCGCUGCACAGACAUGCCGGAUUGCAGUACUCGCAGCCCGACAGCAUUCAGACGCAGCUCCUCGCCCCGCCACUUCCCGGCCGUGUACUGGAGAAGAUGGGCGACGAUGACAAGGGCUACAAGAAAGAGGGCUGGGCCGCUGCCGUGGCUGGCCGGAUCGCCUACAUCAAGAACGAACACGACGGCGGUCUUCGCGCCAUUGACUGGAGUGGCAACGACCCUCGAAAGGGCAACGGCUACUUUAGGCCCAUGCAGGCGUGGCGCGAGCAAAGCAUCAGGGGCGUGUUCAGUGGUGAUGCCUACAUGAACCCCUCUCUGGGCUACACACGCCUCAAGGUCCGCGCCAGCGAGUCGGCCGAUCGCAACCGGCUGGCACGCGGCAUCCCAGGCUCACCAGGCUGGGUCGCUGAGAUUGACGGCUACCUGCAUCGUCACUCUGGCGAAGGAACCGCAAUGGUUAGAGACUUUACCAUGGGCGACGGUGUUGGAAGCGAAUCAUCGGGCAGCUCGAGGAUAUACAGCAUCAAGGAGCAAAAGCGGGCGAACCGGCAAAAGAUGCAGAGACAGAGGCGAGAAAGGCAACCACAGCAGCUCACGGAGAUGUUGGGCAACAUCAUGGCAAAGGUGCCUCGGCGCAAGAAGGACAGCUGAUUGUAGCCUUUCUUCAUAUCUCUCAAUGUAUGCACAGUGCCUCACGCAGCAUGGUCUGAAUGCUUGAUUUCCACUGGUGUCUGGCUUCACUCU